ACUUCCUUCCUGCUACAGAAAAAAGGAAAGACGCGUUGAUAAAAAGGCGCUGCCACUGAGCCGCUUCAGAUCACGGAUCGUCGCCUCCAUGACGCCGGCCGCGCGCACGCUGCUCGUUGGCGCGCUCGUCCUCUGCGCGCUGCCACAAGCGCUCCCGACCCGACGCGGUCAUUGCGCCGGGAAUCAGUGUUUCGCCUUGUUCCAGGACCCCGAAGACUUUGAAGGCGCGCAGGGAAGCUGCCAAAAGUUCGGCGGCCAGUUGUACGCGUUAGACGCGCACGCGGAGGAGAUAGGGGAGACGUUGACUGUCCGCGGUAGUUACUGGGUGUCGACCAACGUCACGGCAGCACAGGAAACUCUCUGCCCGUUCAUCACCGACCGAGAAUACAAGCUGCAGUGGGAUCCGUGCACAGGAACCCUCCACGGAUUCCUGUGCCAGUACCAGUUCACGGAGCCGUGCUCUGGCUUAGAGACCGACGCAGGCGCACAUGUUAACUACACCGCGCCCAUGGGCUUUAGGGCGGACAAUUUGAAAUCGUUUCCACCUGGAACCAUCGCGGUAACGGUCGAGGAUGGCGGGAUUGUUGCCAAUUCGAAGCACGUGUGUUUUUCAAAGGGUUGGAUGGCAGCUCCCUGGAGCUGUGAGGUGUUAGGGGGGGGCUGUGAACACAACUGCAGCUCAGAGUCAAAAACCUGCACCUGCCCACCGGGGAAAAUCCUCCAUCGAAAUAAAAUCUCCUGCACAGUGGAUCCCUGCGUGUCCAACCCGUGCACGGCCGAGGGCGAGGAGUGCAAGAACACCAACGAAGGGUGGAAGUGCGUUUGUAGGGAUGGCUUCGUGGAAGAGGACGGGGGGUGUGUAAACGUCACGAUCUGCGAGAGGUGUGAGCACCUGCUGUGCGACAGGUUCAACGGCGUUUACCAGUGCAAGUGCCGGAAGGGGUACAGGUUGGGAGCCCACGACCCCACCAAGUGCGAGCUGGUCUGCGCAGAGAAGGACUGCCCGGCAAGGUGUGACGGAAACGACCAGAAGGUGUGUUACUGCCCCGACGGCUACAUCAAAUACAGCAAAGACGGCAAGACCUUUUGCACCGUCUUUGACGAUUGUGAGAUGCAACAGUGCGACCACAAGUGUGAGAAUCUGUCGGGGGAUUACCAAUGUCUGUGCAACGAGGGGUUCGAGCUGCUCAAGGACAGGAAAACGUGCGUUCCAAUCCCAGAGGAGGGGUCGGAGGAGGAGGGGUCGGGUGCUACUCCACUUCCUCUACACCCCAACCCAGGCAGCAGUCAGCCACCCGCGGUGUCCUCUUACAUCAAGACCGGCAGCGUCCUGGGCAUCAGCGCGUUCGUCGCGCUCUGUGCGGCCCUGAUCCUCUUCCUGAUCCGAAGCGCGGCCAAGCGCUGUGGAAGAUUCCAGCUGUCCUCCAUCAAACACCAGGACAUCGAUAUCUUCUACCUGCAGCAGGUGACCUCGGAGACGUACAAGAGGUUGUCCCUGGACAAGUAAUCCAAAAGCGACUCUUAAAUACUGAAAGUACUUUUCACACACUUAAGGAAGAAUGCUGCUUUUCUAACUUUAUUUCUUCAUGUCACAUUGCACUGUUUUUUUUAAUUCCUCACUGUUUUUUAAAUCUGAUAAACAGAUUUUGCAUUCAUUUCAUCAUUAUGAAAACUAUACAUCAAUGAUUUUGUUUAAUAACUUGUUAAGCGGCCUUUGUGCGUGUCUGACGUGCUCUGGGUCUAUCGAUGACUCUACGUGGCCUGUAGGUGUGCGGAUGUGAACGGUUGUGUGUCUCCGUGUCCGCCCUGUGACUGACUCUGGACCAGUUCAGGGUGGACCCCGACUCUCGCACGACCCUCUCAGGAUCAGCGGGGUAAGAAAUGGAUGAAUGAAAAAUGGAAUAAGUUGGUUAAUGGACUUUUUUUGGCUCAUUUUAUGUGGUGUAGUAUUGUAUUAGUAUUAUAUAUGUAGUAUUAAUGUUUGUUUGAAUCUGGCUUCCUUUCAUUUGUCAAAGUGGCCCCUGGCACAGCGUGUGGACUCGCUGCUGUAAAAUACCAGAUGUUAGGCUUGGUUUGUCAAUGUGUAAGGGAUAAUCAUCUUUUAGAUUAUCUUUUUUUUACUAACUUUUAGAGUUACACCUUCCAUGUCCAUCAGAACAGUGUUUUGGACGUGAUGAGAGGCUCUUACAUGGUACUAUGACGUUAGUUUGCCGUUUUUUUUUCAAAUUACAAAGAAGGUUCCACAAGCUUUAUAGAUCCAGCAACGUAAACCAUGUCUCCAACAACACUACCUGUGUGAUUACACUGUCUACUCAGUUCUUUACUGUAAAAGUCAGUAUUUUUUCUAAAUCUGAUUUUGCACACUUUUGCGUGUCGCAAAAAGGUAAAGUAACAUUCCAUAAUAUUUAUGCACUGUAAACUGUAUUUGUGAACAACCGCAGUUGAAUCUCCUGUAAAAUGACUGUAAACUUUAGUGUAGAUAAUAGGAUCUUUGUUUUUGUCGAUUAGACUUUCUUUUUCUAGUGUGUGGUGUUUUUGUGCAUGGCCGGUUGGUCUGGAAACAGCCAGUUAACUCACCACAGUGCGUAUCCAGGUGUUAGGAGCCAUUCUUUACCUGUGCUCAACUGACGGGGAUCAUUGAAAAUGACAAAUCCACAUGUGCAAAUGUUUCCAUACAGUUGCUGGUGUCUCUGGUGGCAUCCUGUCGGCAUGCUGUUUCAGCUGAACGUCGGACUGUAACUCUCUCCAGUGCACCUUUCAGGCACACAAUUCAUUGUCUAUAACACUGAGAACAUUACAACCAUGACUGAAUUAUACUUUAUUCUCUGCUAAUGCGACGCUGCUACUGACAGUCACAUGAGGUUGAAUGUUGUUGCUAAAGGAGCUUUUAUUGGUCAGAGAAUAUUUCACAAUUGAGUGAUAAAGUUAUGAACACUAAAUGUUUGUGUGUGAUUUACAAGUUCUUUUUUUUGGUGUAAUUGUUUGGCAAUGAGGACCCGGUGUUACAGAACUCUUGACUCUGCCUCGUAGGAGCUAUAAUGAGUGGCGGCUACAUAGAGGGCAAUGAAGCGUGGCCCCCCCAUGAGCAACAGAAAAAGAAAAGAGAUUUAUUUUUUGUUUGUUCAUUAUAUUAAAAAUACAUUUAACAAAAAGUCAUUAUUUGUGUUUUUGAAAUGUGGAUUAUAUACCCGUAAAUUAAGAUCUAUGCAAAACAUAUGCAUGUCCUGCACGUCCUCCUGUCAGCUGGACUUGGCCUGUCCCAAAGAGGCGGGUCUAAGAAGCAGUUAGC